GUGGGACUUUGUUUCAAAAAUAAAAAUUAGCUUUUUCGCAACGAGUUUGCCGCCAGAGCACAGGUGUCGUGAAAGCCACCCCUAAAGGCCAAAAUGGGAAAGGAAAAGACGCACAUCAACAUUGUCGUCAUUGGACACGUCGAUUCCGGCAAGUCCACCACCACCGGCCACCUGAUCUACAAAUGUGGCGGCAUCGACAAAAGAACCAUCGAGAAAUUCAAGAAGGAGGCUGCUGAGAUGGGAAAGGGCUCCUUCAAGUAUGCCUGGGUUUUGGAUAAGCUGAAAGCUGAGCGUGAACGUGGCAUCACCAUCGAUAUCUCCCUGUGGAAAUUUGAGACCAGCAAGUACUACGUCACUAUCAUCGAUGCUCCAGGACACAGAGACUUCAUCAAAAACAUGAUUACAGGCACAUCUCAGGCUGACUGUGCUGUCCUCAUUGUUGCUGCUGGUGUUGGUGAAUUUGAAGCUGGUAUUUCCAAGAACGGGCAGACCCGUGAGCAUGCUCUCCUGGCUUACACACUGGGUGUGAAGCAACUAAUUGUUGGCGUUAACAAAAUGGAUUCCACUGAGCCACCUUACAGUCAGAAGAGAUACGAAGAAAUUGUUAAGGAAGUCAGCACUUACAUUAAGAAAAUUGGCUACAAUCCUGACACAGUAGCAUUUGUGCCAAUUUCUGGUUGGAAUGGUGACAACAUGCUGGAGCCAAGUGCUAACAUGCCAGUGGAACCAC